AUGUUCACUCGUAGGUGCUAUCUGAUGCUUCAUCGACAAAAAGAGCAUGGGCUUUUGUUCAAACCAGUAUUUGAUCCGCAGGAAAUAGAAAAGGCUGAGAAAGAAGCAGACUUGGAGUUAGUGACUGAAAAGGAAGAUGGAACAGCAAACGAGUUUGGAAACGCUGACCAGAUUCUCGUCGAUCCCAUGACUAACAUGCUUGUUCAUGUCUCCGAAGAUGGCAUGGUACUCGAACCCUUAGCCGAACAACCCACAUUUGUUGGAGAAUUUGUUGAGGAAACUGGGGAGCCUGAAUUUGAAGAAGUUGGUGAAGAACCAAACGAGAAAUCACCUGUGUCCUAUACAUCUGCGGAUCACUCGAAGACUGUGCGCUACGUACCUUCAGACAUAGGCUUGGAUCUAGGCUCGUCUGAGGUUGUCGGCGUACCUUUACUCGAGGAAGAACUUGACCAAAAUGAUCAUAAUGUUGAUGGACAGGAUAUGCCCAUAUUGUUGGAAGAGAGGAAGCCAGUGAUUGCUGAGGAAGUGCUUGAGGAGAGGUCGGAGCAGCUUUUUCCCAAACAGCGAGUGGUAAAUAUCUUGAAGAGAAAACUGCCUGUGCGCUUGCCUCGUGAAUGA